UCGUGUUCGCUCGUACAUUUCCGGAAGUGGUCGGCUUGCAAACAUGGCGAUGGCCUUACGAAAGUCUGCGUUGUUGUUCGACGCGAGGUUGCUCCGUCCGGAGCUCAAAAUCCUCUGCUCCUAUCACAAGAAGGUGGUGGACCACUACGAAAACCCGAGAAAUGUGGGCUCUCUGGAUAAAAACGCCAAGAACGUGGGCACCGGCUUAGUGGGCGCACCGGCCUGCGGCGACGUCAUGAAACUCCAGGUGGAAGUGGAUGAAAACGGUAAAAUCGUGGACGCCAAGUUCAAGACGUUCGGCUGCGGAUCAGCAAUCGCUUCCAGCUCUCUGGCAACUGAGUGGGUCAAAGGGAAGUCGGUCGAUGAAGCUUUGAGGAUCAAGAACACAGACAUCGCAAAAGAACUCUGCCUUCCGCCUGUCAAGCUUCAUUGUUCUAUGCUCGCAGAAGACGCCAUCAGAGCGGCCCUGUCGGACUACAGAAUAAAACAGAACAAGGACGAGCAAGGCGUCAAAGCCAGCAAUUGAUUUCCCGUCACUAAAUAUCCACAAUGGGUCGGUGUACCUCAGGGAUGUGUGUCAUGUACAGGAAGCUUUCUUUCUUAAGAGAUUAUGGAUCGUUCCAUCUCUUCAUCUUCUGCUAAUAAUGCAACAAGCCUAUUUCUUAAUAAAAUAUUUGCAUUUGUGAUGCUAGGAUAGUAAGCAUAGCAUAAAAAAUAUAUAUAUAUAUAUAUAUCGCUGUAUAUCAAUUUUCUUCACAUUUGCUAUGGAUCGGUGUUAAGGAGGUUUUGCAACUGGAAAUUAAAGGUCAA